UAUUCGGAGAUACGAGUACAAUUGGCACAAAUUUCCGCGAAUUUGGAGACAAUGAAUCGUAUGGUGCAAACAAUAAAUAUACGUAAUUUUAAUGAAAAAGAAAUGGACGAACUGCGUACUCAAAAUCUUAAAAUGGGCAAUCAACUAAUGAACAAAUUCAAGGAAUUCAAAUCGAAUAUGCCGCCAGAGAAUGAUUUCACAUUGGAGGCGCGCAUGAAACGAACGCUAUUCUAUGGUCUCUAUCAAAGUUAUAUACAAAUAUGGACGAAAAAUGAAGAAUUCCUGCAGCUGUACGAGCGAAAGCUGAAGAAGAAUUUGGAAAUACAUUCAAAAAUAAUGAAUUGCAACUCCACCGAAGAGGAAAUCGAAGAACUGAUAGCAAAUAAGACAACAAACCUCUUCGUAGGCAAUAUUCUAGAAGAAACGGAAAAUGAACGACGCACGCUACGCGAUUUGAUGGAUCGUUUCAAUGAGCUGAAGAAGCUGGAGAAGUCCAUUGAGGAUGUGCAUGCGUUAUUCCUGCGUAUUCAAACACUUGUAAUGGAACAGAGUGAAACGAUAAACCGCGUUGAAUUUGUGGCUCAACAAGCGACACACUUCGUGGAUAAAGGUCAGCAUAAGCUGAAAAAGGCUGAAACGUUGAAGCAGAAGGCUUUAAAGAAGAAAUUUUGGCUUAUCGGCAUUGCGGUGGCUGUGUUAGUUAUUUUAAUAUUAAUUGGUAUUUAUUUAUGAUCAAAAGAAUAAUAUAUUUUGGUAAUUG